AUGGCUAACCGUGUGUCUUACAGUGAGCUCCGAGAGCUACCCGAAGAACAACAUCUUUUCUGUCCUCGCAUCGGCGACGAUGGGUCAGUAUAUUAUGACGAGGACGUUGCCGCUUAUCCGCCCGAAACCGAUCCCAACGAACUCGCCGACCGCAAGCUCAAGCUCCUAGCUGCCGAAGACCGGAGAUGGACAGCCCUCAAGGCGGCGGAGAUACUGGCAUUCGACGGAGAGGAAGCAGCACCACACAAGGAAUGGCUGGUCAGCCGGCUUAAUAGCCUCAUGCAGAGUUGCGAUGUCUGCGUGCGAGUCUUCCACCAGAGCAGAGCAGAAUGGCGAACACGGCUGAUCGAUUCAUAUGACGAGGAGAACAUCGGGGACUUUCUACAAGUGGUAGACAACCAAUGCCUAGGUCGCAUACAGAAGGGCUUGGACGAGGCGAACGAGAUACUGAGCAAAGCUGAACCGAAAACGCGUUCCGUCCGGCUACUACCCAACGAAUGCACAUACGGCUUCUUUGAAGCGCUUAGCUGCGACGCCCUCGUACGGAACGAAGAACUCCUCCAGCGACACUUCGAUGCACCAUUCGACAUGGUUCAAACGAAGAAGCGAUUGAAGAUUCAGACAUACCUCCCUGCUAUGACACGUUUUUUGUUCAGCAGAGUUGACAGACGACACAAAUGGGCGACGGAAUCCUGGUCUACAUUCAAGAGGAACAUACUCAAAUCUGAAUGGGAAUGGGCUGUGCGGGAUUACGUCACAAGUGUUAUGAUGAAGGUCCAAAUGAGCAACUUGGAUUUAUCCGUGGUGCCUCUCUUCUGGGGUGGCAUCCGUCUCAUAGUAGCAAAGAUGGACAGGGAGCUGAUUACGGACUCGCUGCGGGGCCUUGACGGAGACUUCUACCGCCUGAUGCUUGACCACCUCUCACUGAAGUCCGAAGGCUUUCUGGAUUUGAUUGCGACCAUGACGCAGCUACUGGAGAAGUCCCCAAUUGACUACUGGGAUGGCAUGAAUGCUGUAACUUCUUCAAUCGCUACAGUGGUAGAACAAGUGUUCAACAGCCCGAUCUUGAACCAACUCCUUCUCGCAACCGCGGAAGGAAACGAACAGAACAUGAACAACCUUCAUGCUGCGUUCAGCUGGAUCCCAGUCUUUCUGGACUCCAUCAAGCUAUCUAAUCUUGGUCCGUCGGUCCGGCCAUUUGCACACGCGUUGCUUGGUCGUUUUCAGUCGGACCGCUAUCCCCCCGUGGCUCGAGCAUACUGCUACAAGGAAGGUCUCAAAGUAUUAGAUUAUACCUUUCGCAAGAUGGGAGAAGGCAAAAGCAUGGAUAAGUUUGUUGGCCAGCCAACCGUCAACGGCAUGCUGGAUUUACUAUCAACCUUCAUACAACCUCUCGUCACAAGCCUGAAAAACUUCAAACACAAAAAGGAAAACCAUGAGGAUAUGCAACUGACCCUUUCGGUGAUCGAACAUGCAUUCAAGCUGGAAGCACAGUCCCUCAUUAUCGAGAGGCAACUCAUCUCUGCAAAAGCACCAUCGCCUACCCAAACACCGCCGUCCAGUCCCAUAUGGAAGACAGUCCUACGAGCAAUAGGCCCUGACAGCUUAGAGCUCGCGACACAUCUUCUGAUCGCUGGCAGAGGCCUGAUUGGGCUUGAACCACUGCAGAUGAAGUCGGGCGUUGACAAGGUACCUCCAGAAGUACGACACUUCAACGAUCGAUUUCGACUACUAUCUCAAUCUAUCACCGAUGUCGUGGAGAAAAUGUCGGAAUUUGAACCCACCUUAUUGCAAGCCUUGUUCGGACAACAGCCUGCAGCGAGCGCGAUUGUCUCUCUGAUGUUCUCAUCGACAGAAGAUACGCGCAACUCCGCUAUUGAGCUUUUGAAGGUCAUAAGUGGUGAAGAGGAACGUCGAGGCGCUUUGCAGCAUAUCCUGAGAGCCCAUUAUAGGCACGUCGUUCGAGGUAUCUCGGACUCGGUUCGGCAAGUUCGGCUUAAGAAAGCGUUCGCUCCCGCACCGAGUAUGAUCCGAACAUGCACUGAUAUCAUCGACAUCAUCUGUAACUCUCAAGACGGUAUCUUGCGAGGCCGAGAAUACGAUUCCGGCGACGCUGCAGCCACGAUGAAUUUGUGGGAGAACCUCUGGGACUCGCUUACAAUGAUCUUCGCCACUACUGAAGCCUGGAGCAACUUGGGUUUCUACGACAAACACAUGAUGAUGGACUUUUGCCGAGACACUAUGCAAUUUGCUGAUGUGCUGUUCGACCAAUGCAGCAUCUUUGCAACUGCCCUGAAGCCGCCUUCUUCCGAUGAAGACGAGGCAACAUCGAAGACGGCUCUGCUCAAAGAACUUUUGGCACAGCCGGCAAAUGCCAUGGAGGGUCUGGCCAAAUGGCUCCGUCUUCGUGACGAGUUCUUGUCGAGCAAGUCCGUGACUUUGAUCAGCAAGCUUCUUGUUCGAUUACAUCGUGUGUCUAUCGAAAUUGAUCCCAAUGCACUUUCGUACAUGGAACGAGUGCUUUCAGGAGACGUCCGUGCGAAGUUGAGCGAUACACAACAGGCUGAGCUGCAACAAGCGCUCGAAGAGCAUCUCGGCCGCCCGCUCGUGAAGGAAGAGGAGCCUGCAAAGCCUAAGCAAGCCAUGAUCAGCAAAUGGAUGGCUCCAGGCGUGACACAAACAUCAGCAGAUGCCAAAGCGAAGUUGCUGGCUAGUAUGACUUCUGGAUCUAGUAAGUUCCAGGAACGACGGGAGCAGAUGAGAGCUUCCGAAGUGAAGGCUGCCCAACAAAAAGCUCUCGAUGACAAGAAAAAUGCCCAACAGGCCGAAUUCAAACGCAAGCGGCAGCUUGAACUGCAAAGGCGGGAGAAAGAGAAAGCCGCUGCGAUCGCUAAGUCGAAGGCGGCUAGGGGCAUCUCAAACCACAUUGCGGAAGCCGGCUCAGGUCUUGAGGGCCUAGGUGUGUUAGGCAAAGAUCAAGCUGCCAAGGGAGAAGGUUUGAUGCACUCUUCUGAUGAAUCAUCGGACGAAGAGGGUGACAUCGAUGAAGACCUCUUUGGCAUCAAGAAGAGCAAGGUCAAGACUGGACCGAAGACGAACAUUGUCAAUGAAGUUAAGAUCCAGAUGCCGACAAAGAAAAAGAGGGCUCAGCGUUCUGCCAAAGACAUGCGCGCUCGUUUGGCGCCUGACCUGAGCAGCUUACAUCGCACUAUCCUGAGCUGGAACUACUUCCACGAGGGCCCCUUUCCACCCAAGUCCCGACCGGACAUGUACUCCAAGGUCCUUAGUACCUUCCGCACGCCCAACGACUAUCAGAAUACUUUUGAACCACUUCUGACCCUAGAGGCAUGGCAAGGUUUCGUCAAAGCUCGCGAGGAGAACCAAGCGAAGCCAUACGAGAUAAGAAUCACUUCGCGAGCUGCCGUCGACAUGUUCCAGGAAGUUGGCAGCACGAUGACUCAUGUCGAGAACAAGGAGGUGUUCAUCUCCGAAGGUGACAUCAUACUCUUCGCGAAAUCCAAAUCACCCUCUGCGGAUGAGCCGACAUGUCUCGCCAGGGUGUUCCGCGUGAAGAGGAAGCAGCAACACAUCGAAGUCUCGUACCGCGUCGUACCUGGCAAUCCUCUCUCAACCGCACUGCAACCAAACAAUACUAUUCUGGGUUUCAAGCUCGAGUCAAUUACAUCUCUGGAGCGCGAGUACGGUGCGCUGAAAGGUCUUCAGUACUAUGAUCUGUGUGACGAGAUCAUCCGCGCGAAGCCCAGCCCGCUUUUGACUUACAAGGAUAGCCAGAUCCAGCCACUCAUCUCCAACUACAAUGUGAACCCGGCACAAGCGAAGGCUAUCAAAUCUGCCAUCGAUAAUGAUGCGUUCACCUUGAUCCAAGGACCGCCUGGUUCCGGAAAGACUAAGACUAUCACUGCUAUUGUAGGGGCUAUCCUGAGCGACAGCCUCCGAAACCGCGGUACCUCGAUUGCUAUUCCCGGCCAACAAAACUCGAAUGCUGCUUCGAAGAAGUUGCUGGUCUGCGCGCCCAGUAACGCGGCCGUGGACGAAUUGGUCAUGCGUUUCAAAGAUGGCAUCAAAACUCUCAACGGCGAGUCGCGCAAACUCAACAUCGUCCGUUUAGGUCGUGGAGACGCCAUCAAAGCUAGUGUUCAGGAUGUGACCCUGGAAGAGCUUGUGAACAAGCGCCUAGGUGUUGAUCCGUCGAACGGCAAUGACCGAGAAGCGACACAGAAGCUCUUUCAGGAACACAAACAGGUCUCUGAUCAACUGAAACAAGCUUAUCAGCAGCGAGAUACAGGGGAAGUGAAAGGAGAAGCUGCGGCCAAGCUCGAUGACGAUAUCAACGCGCUACGCAGGCGCAAAACAGCCCUGGGAACGAAGAUUGAUAAUGUCAAGGACGAUGAGAAGCUCGCCAGUCGUAACGCAGACCUGAACAGACGACGUGCACAGGAAGCAGUUUUGAACGAUGCACAUGUUAUCUGUGCGACACUCAGCGGCUCUGGACAUGAAAUGUUCCAAGGGCUGAGCAUUGAGUUCGAAACUGUCAUUGUCGAUGAGGCUGCCCAGUGUGUUGAGAUGAGCGCACUUAUUCCCCUCAAGUACGGUUGUGCCAAGUGUAUCCUGGUCGGAGAUCCAAAGCAACUGCCUCCAACGGUCUUCUCGGACAAAGCGAAGGGUUUCCAAUAUGAACAGAGUUUGUUCGUUCGCAUGCAAAAGAACCACCCAGACGAUGUGCAUCUACUGGACACCCAGUACCGUAUGCAUCCGGAAAUCAGUCUGUUUCCCAGUCGAACUUUCUACGACGGCCGACUUUUGGACGGUGACGAUAUGGCUGGCCUACGUGAGCGACCAUGGCAUCAGAGUAUGCUGCUAGGACCUUACCGCUUCUUUGAUGUCCAAGGUCAACACCAAGCUGCUCCAAAGGGCCAUUCGCUCAUCAAUAUCGCCGAGAUCAAUGUCGCGAUGCAGUUAUACAAGCGUGUCACUUCCGACUACCCGGAUUAUGAUUUCAAAGGCAAGAUUGGCAUUAUCACACCUUACAAGAGCCAACUGCGCGAACUCAAACAACGUUUCAUGAACGCAUACGGUCAGAGCAUCAUCGAAGACAUCGACUUCAACACCACCGAUGCUUUCCAAGGUCGUGAAAGUGAGAUUAUCAUCUUCUCCUGUGUACGAGCCUCACCAGCAGGUGGCGUUGGUUUCCUCCAAGACAUUCGCCGUAUGAACGUCGGUCUCACGCGUGCCAAAUCGUCUCUAUGGGUGUUGGGCAAUUCUGACUCACUCAUGCGAGGACAGUUCUGGGCGAAGCUCAUAGUUGACGCGAAGGAGAGGAAGCGAUUUUCCAGUCAAGACGUGCCAAAGAUGCUGAACCAGCAUUCUAGCAAAUUUCCGGCUCCAAAGGAAGGUUAUGUACAACCUCACCGUCCCACACCAGAGGUCAAACCAGAAGUAAAGUCAGAGCCCAUGAGCAGGUCGGCAAGCAACCAGUCCAGUACGUCUUCAGGCUCGGACUCGAAGUCUAUCAAGCUAGAGGUCAAGACGGAGAUCAAAAACGAACAAACACUGGUACAUCACGAAAAGCGAAAGUUCCAAGACAUCGCCAGCUUCGAUAAAAUCAAGCUUGAGAGUAGCGAUGCCGAAAUGGAGGAUGCUCAAUCCGACUCUGCCUCCAAUACCAUGAACGGAGGCAGCGGCCGGUCAACACCAGCUGCUAUUGCUGAUGCGUCACGCAAGAGCUCGACGCCUAGUGGAGAAGCAGGCAACGGGACGAACGGUGCAGUCGCUCCCCCGCCCGGAGACGUCAUCGGCGGCAUGUCGAUGGCAAAGCCUAAAAUUCGUAGGCGGCCUCGUGAACCACCAAAUCCUUUCAUCAAAAAUAAAAAGCCAAGGAAUGGCUAA